ACAGUCAAUAUAUUUCCCUCUAAUGGCAUCAACCGAUUCUGUCAAAAUACUAGAGGUCUGUCAGGUGGCUCCAGCCCAUGACUUGACCGAUUCACCCACCGAGUUAUCCCUUCCUCUCACCUUUCUGGACACAUUAUUGCUCAUUCUUCCUCCAGCUGGACGCAUCUACUUCUACAAGUUCAGCGGACUAACCCCUACUUUGUUCCAUUCAGAAAUCCUUCCAACCCUCAAACAGUCACUCUCGAGAACCCUCCUAAGCUUCCUUCUUCUUGCAGGUCAACUCACCUGGCCCUCUGAUUCUCCUAAGCCCAUCAUUUACUACGCUCCAAAUGAUACUGUUUCGGUAACAAUUGCGGAGUCUAAUGCUGAUUUUGAUAGCCUGGUUGGGGAUGAAAUCCAUCAAGUUUCUCAGUCUCGUGGUUUUGUACCUGAACUGUUUUUGUCAGAAACGUUGGCAUCAAUCAUGUCUUUGCAAAUCACAUUAUUUCCUGACAAAGGAUUUUCUAUUGCCAUCAUCAUACACCAUGCAGCUCUUGAUGGAGUUAGCAUUUCCAUGUUCCUUAAAGCAUGGGCUUCUAUGGCCAAACACAUGAAGAACGGUGAAAGCUUCUCUCUAUUGCCAGAACAAACCCCAUUUCUUGAUCGAACCGUUAUGAACGAAUUUGAGUCCUUAUUCUAUAAAGAAUGUCUGGACGUGACUGCAUUAGAUUCAGAAUCCAUCCCAAGAAGCUUGAAAUUGAUCUCAAAUGAUCGUCUACAAGUUCCAACAGAUUUAGUUCGAGCUACCUUUCGAUUAAGUCGUGAAAACAUUGAGAAGCUCAGGGAAAAGGCACUGCAUCACUACCAGCGAGAAAUUUCAGGGCUCAAGGUUGAUCAAGAACUUCGUUUCUCCACAUUUGUGCUUGCGUACGCUUAUGUAGCGGUCUGCCUGGUGAAAACAAGAGGAGGAGAUAGCAACAGAAAGGUUGGCAUCUCAGUUGCAGUGGACUGUAGAAACCGCCUAGAUCCUCCAAUCCCAAAAAACUAUUUCGGAAACUGUAUUUUCGGCUAUGAAAUUGUCUUGGAAGCUGGAGAAUUCAUGCAAGAAAACGGAGCUGCUGUCGUAGCAAAGAAGAUAAAUGAUUUUUUAAAAGGGCUAAGAAAUGGAAUAUUCCAAGACGCAAAAGAGAGUCUUGCAAGGUUAAGAGAGAUAGCGCCAGAUGUUCAACAACUUUCGUUGGUCGGAUCGCCUCGGUUUAUGUAUUAUGAGGAGGAUUUCGGAUGGGGACCGCCUGAAAAGGUGGACGUUGCGAGCAUAAAUUGGGUGAACAUUUGUGGUAUUUCGGACGUUAAUGGUAUUUCAUUGAUCGAUAGCAAAUAUGGAAAUGGAGGAGUUGAAAUUGGGUUAUCUCUGUUGAGGGAUGACAUGGAGGCCUUUGCUUCCCUUUUUGCCCACGGCCUAGAAGUUAACUCAUGAGUCGACUGUGACAUGCAUUUAUCCUUUGAUUGUUUUGUCUAUGUUGUAUGGAUUGCUGAAUAUAGCUACUACUUCUUUUGGGAUUGAACAUGUCUGUAUUAAGUAAAGGAAUUAAUAAAUAAAGAGUCCUUAUGUGAUUCACGUGAUUUAUAUAUGAAUGCAGUGUUUUUAAUCAUUA